ACUACCAGUAUAUGACCUCACCUAAACCCGGAUAUUGUAUGCAAGAUUAUGUAAACAACACGGUAAAAUCCACAAGAAAUGUCUACAUGUUGAACAGCACAGACUAAUAUUUUGAAACCCAUUUGAAGGACAAUAUUUCUAAAUUUCUCAAGGAUACGGGCUUAGAGAUUCCUGUGUAUCCCUGACUGAUGGACUUGUAUACACACAGCUAGACUACCGUGUAAACUUUUAAAAAAUACAACUCGAGAAAAAUGGUCGACACUCUCUUACACAGAGCCCGUCUAACAAGUUAGCCAUGCAGCCUGAGUUACAAGGGCCGUCAUGUAUAACAAUGGAUCUUCUCAUGUGACCCUAACACCAGAGAGCGUCCGGGAUACAUCUGUUGACGAUGUCUUGGUCUUUGUACUCGUUUUUGUCUCAGCUUUGGUGUUAAUCUUCAUCGUGUGUAGUGCAUACAAAAUCAGGGAAUGGUACAGGACCCGGAAUGGCGACACGGGCAUCCCUGUUGACCUUCCUGAACAUGCUGACAACCCCCCUCCAUACCCGGGGAAAUUAUCUAGAACAAACAUCAAUUACCUCCCCUCCUAUAACUCUGCUGUCCAGAUGCCGGUCAUAUCGGCUGUGACAGGGGAGUCCACUGAAUGUCCAGUGGAUACAAGAACGAACCAGCGGCUGUCAAGUGAAGGAGAAAAACUAACUGUUCUCCCGCUGCGGGACAAUGCAUCUCAAACAAUGAUUAGGACAGAGGAGUCCCGAAUGACUUCUCUUACCAGCCCAGAGAUAGCUACCCAAGUACAAACCAACACCUUCCACCCCUCCAUAGAAAUAUCAGACUACUCCAGCGAUUCCUGCUCACCAGUUGUCUUCACACUAUAGAAAAUACAGAUCAAAAAUUUCGGUCAGAUUUCCCCUCCCCGACACGAACUACGUACAGUUUACUGAUGUACACUACAAGAAACAGUGAGCCGAGAAAUCAUCUUUCAUUUUUUUACUUUAUCUUGAAUAUAAGUAUUAACUAUGUGUACUUCAAGUGCCAUAUGUUAUCUAUUACCAUUAUGUAAUACUCUAUGAUGUAUAGUUAUGUAUACACUGUAUGAUACUGUAGAUAAAUGGAUGAUUAAAAC